AUGGAUUCAUACCAGCAACAACAACCUCACGGCGGUUACAUGAGGCCAGCUCAACCACCACCUCCUCCUCCGCCACACACGGCGGAUCCCCAUCAACAACAACACCACCAGUAUCAUCAGAUGCCGCCUCCUCCUCCUCAAGGCCCCUGGUUCACACCUCAAUUUCAGUACCAGACUCCUUCUCCUCCACAGCAGUGGCCUCCACCUCAGACUCCUCCUCCUCCUCCUCCGUCAAAUCCUUAUUCCUAUCAUCCCAACCAGUUCCCUCCUCCACCACCUCCUCAUCAUGCUCGUCCUCCUCCUCCUCCUCCUCAGUUCCAGCCUCACUCUCACAUUCCCCAGCCUUAUCCUCAGGAAUGGAACAACAACCCUGGCUGGCCUCAAAACCAAGCGUAUCCAGUCCAUACGAAUGAAGAAGAUUGGGCCGCCAAGGCCAGAGCGUGGGCCGAUGCUAAGUCUGCAAUGGAAACUCAGCAUCCACAAUCACAUUAUUCACAUGCUGGAAGAGUGCCAGAGCAAACCCAUUAUCAUGAUCCAUAUCAGCAAUCUGUAGACCCACGUUAUACCGAUGCUCAAAACCAGUCCCAUCCAUCAUCAGGCUAUCAACAAUUUUCCUUCGUAGAUCCAGCUAUGCAGCGAAAUUCAGGACAUUCCCAGGAGGCUGUAUCCGUCAGUUUAGAAGCAGCUUAUACUUCAGAUGGACAUUCAUACAGUGCUAGAGACGGGACCAGCAUCGGAGAUCCAACUGUCUCGUUUGAACAAGCAAACUUCCCUACAAAUCCAUCAGUUCAUCCGCAGGAGGUACCUACUAGUUAUAGUUCUGUUGCAGGUAAAGAGGCUGCUGAUCAGGUUCAACAGUCAUAUGCAAUGUUUCCUUUGCCAAGUUCUUCAUCUCAAGAACAAUACCAUGCACAACCAUCAAUGCAUGCACCAUCCUUUGCACCCCAUAGCCAUUCUGUUGACUCAUCUACCAAUCUUGCUGAUCAACCUUUAGAUUUUGCACCUAGGUUUGGUCGUGACAAUGACCUGCAAAUGCAAUCAACUUAUAGUCAUCAUGAUUCUGCUUCUUCAAUGAAUAACUGGGGUGCUCCAGUGGGACCUGGUGUUGGUUAUCCACCAAUACCUCCAAAUCUUUCCUCAGGGCCACAGCAUGAUCCUUCUUUUACUACUCCUGGUCAUGUAGCUGCACCAUAUGGAAGGUUUCCUGGAGCUGGUCACCCUUCAACAAUUCCACCAAAUGGUGCACCCUAUUCCCUUAGCACAGUAGCUACUGUUCAUCCUACUGCAGCUUUCUCUGCUGAUGCAUAUGGAAUUUCUGGUGUCCCUGAACGUCCUAAGAAGGCGUCAGUCCCUAACUGGCUUAGAGAGGAAAUAAAGAAAACAGUCAUUGCCACUCCUUCCGCAGAUCAUCCAAAGGUGGAAGAAACACUUGUGAGUGAUGACAUUGAUAAAUCAUAUACGAAAGCUGAAGACGAGACAGAUAGUAAAAGUGUUGAUUCGUCCAGAUCAGCUGAGGAUGAAGAUGACGAGGAGGUUGAAGUGGCUAGAACUGCAGCAAUCAACCAGGAAAUAAAAAAAAUUCUUACCGAAGUUCUUUUAAAGGUUACUGAUGAAUUGUUUGAUGAAAUUGCAACUAAAGUUCUUAGUGAAGAUGAUUUGACUGCUGAAGUGGAUCAUAAUGUUGCCACUUCAAACCAUAAGGCAUCAACCUCUCCACCCUCUGCUCCGGUUCCUAAGGCAACUGCUAAAGUUUUAGUUCCAGUUAAAGCAAAGGGAAUAGAGAAUGAUGGUGCCAAUGAAAAAUCUAAUUCCAGUUCUCCUGGAGAUGUUUUAGGUCUUGGAAAUUAUGGUUCGGAUGCUGAUGAUGAAAUUGAGAGUUCCACUGUGCCUGAUCCUGCAAAAGAUGCUGCAUAUAUGGUGAAUAAUGUAGUAAAAACCAACUCAUCGCUAUCCAGAAAUGGCAAUGGUGCUGCUAUUGAUGAAUUACACGGCGCUAAGAUAACCAAAGAAUCUGAUAAUUCAGAUUCUUCCAAGGUAGUUUCUAAAGAUACUAGGGAUAAUGGACUUGAAGCAAUAGAAAGAAGCCAUGAUAGAUUUAAUGGUUUUAGCUCGAAAGACAUGUCAGGGGUGCCAAGAUCUGAAUUGCCUGGAAAGAACGGCAUGGAGAAAGCAACAGAUGACCAUCUUGGUAAGGAAAGCAGAAGAAAAUCUGAGAAAAAUGACCGACAUGACAGGAGUUCUUCGGAGAAGGAUUUUAAGGAGGUAAAAAGUAGUCAUAGGACCAGGACAGACGAAAAAAGUGAUGAGAGCAAAAGAAGGAAGGAGGAAAGAAACCAUAAAAAGGAACAAACAGAUCACAUCAGUGAGUCAAAAGAAAGAGUAAAAGAGCAUAAUGUAAAGCACGGGGAAAAGGAAAAGGAACCCGAAUCAAGGAAAAGGUCCUCCCGUGAUGAUGUCAGGGAUGAUAGGAAGGGAGCAGAAAAACCUCAUAGAGGUAGUACCAUGGAAGAUACUAGCCGGAGAAAGGAACAUGCAAAGGAUAAGGGGGAGCAUAAAUCUAGGCGAAGGGAAGCUAGUGAUCAUGACAGGCAUAGAAGAAGACGUUCGUCGUCAGUAAGCAGUAGGGGUAGAACCAGCAAGGAUCAUCUAGUUAAUCAUGCUGAUGAUUCAAGUGGUGAAGGCUCAGAUGGUUCAAAAAGGAAGCUGCAUUCAAGAAAGCGUGACUUGUCACCAUCUCCAGUCAGGUCUAAAAGAAGACAAGUUUCGCGGUCUCCUCAUAGCAAGCGUUCUCAGCGCAGGCAUUCUCCCUAUUCUUCUCUUGAUAAUUCCAGGGGAAGAAGGUCAAGAUCCAGAUCACCUGCAUUUCAUGUGGAGCUUUGGUCAAUUUGGCUAUCUGGGUUUCUUUUGAUACUUCUUUCGCUAUAUGCAACACAAAGACUACCUUCACUCAACAAGGAUCAUGGCAGAGUUUACAAUAAAAAUGAUGUUUUGGAUUCUGGAAACCUUAGCAUUACCAUAUUCACAGCUCCUAAGCCUUUUAUGGACUCUACCGGGACUAGGCAGACGCUCGCUGUUCGGUCAUGGUUGGCUUUGUCUCCAUAUGUUACUGUUGUUUUGUAUAGUCAACAUCCUUCUGUCGCUUCCUUUGCAAAUGCUUUUGACUCCGGCCGGGUUUUAGUUGAUACCAACAUCGACUUCACCUUCCUUGGCAGUCCUUUUUUCCAUUCCAUGAUUGCAAAAUCGUGCUCAUUUCCUUCAGACAUAUUUGUUAUAAUUGAUCCUGAAACAAUUAUCCUUUCCGGAUUCAUCUCCUCGCUAAAUCAUGUCUGUGAACUCAACCGCGAUUGGCUUCUCGUUGCUUCACCUCAAUAUGCUUCCAAUUUGAAUAAUACGAAACAAGUGAGAGUUCAAGAGAAAAUACUACAACAGAAUCGGCCGUGGAAUCAUUGUUGUAACGCAGAACGAAUGCUUAUAGCAUGGAAUAACAAGGAUAUGCCUCUACAUAAUGGAGUUCUUCCACCUUUCAUCUAUGGUAAAGGUACACACAACAAUUGGAUAAUUCACGAGGCUAUUUCAUCCGAGUUCAGGUUUGUGUUUGAUGCUAGUUCAACCAUCGAAAGUUUCAAUCUGAAUAACGCCACAUUUGAGAAUUCAACUUCUUUAGAUAUCGAAAAUAGAAAGUGGGAGUACAUUGGUAAUUCACAUUUAGGAGAACACUAUGGAUCAUUCUUCUAUAGUGAAGCUUAUUACUCAAACCUACCCAAACUUUUGACUUGUGAAAACCAAUAUAUUAUGGUUGACAUCAAGAAAAACAUUGUUUAUCCAAUUGGACACCGAGGGGAAGUUAAGCGGAUGAAGGAAAAUGCAAUGCAUUGCAUUGCUCAUCAGAAAUCAGUGACCAGAAUUUCAGAUUUUUCUCUAAAGGAUCGAAAGAAAAUUUCAUCGUCUUUGGAGCUUCCGUUUUCCUUAGAAUCACUUCUGUCUAUCACCGCAGACAGAAAUAAAACAAUUGUACUAACAGUUUCUGGUUAUAGCUACAAGGAUAUGCUCAUGAGUUGGGUUUGCAGAUUAAGAAAAUUGUCCAUCGAAAAUUUUAUCGUCUCCGCCCUUGAUCAAGAAACUUAUCAAUUCUCCAUCUUGCAGGGAAUUCCGGUUUUCAAAGAUCCUAUAGCUCCAAGUGAUAUUAGUUUUGAUGAUUGCCACUUCGGAACAAAGUGCUUCCAAAGGGUCACAAAAGUGAAAUCAAGAAUUGUUUUGAAGAUGCUCAAACUAGGAUACAAUGUACUACUUAGUGAUGUGGAUACAUAUUGGUUCAGAAACCCUAUUCCUUUACUUCACUCCUUUGGCCCCGCAGUUCUUGUCGCACAGUCCGAUGAAUACCAAGAACAUGGACCGAUAAACCUACCUAGACGUUUGAACUCCGGCUUCUAUUAUGCUCAUUCUGAUAAUCAAACAAUUGCUGCCGUACAGAAAGUGGUAAAGCAUGCAGAAACUUCAGGCUUAUCUGAGCAACCAAGCUUCUAUGACAUAUUAUGUGGAAACGGAGGGUCCAACCGUGUCGGCGAUGACAAAUGUAAGGAACCUGAAACAAAUGUGACAGUGCAUUUCUUAGACAGAAACCUUUUUCCUAAUGGUGCUUACCAAAACCUGUGGCAAGAAAAAAAUGUCAAAGCAACAUGUUUAAAGAAAGGAUGUUACAUUAUUCACAACAAUUGGAUCAGCGGGAGGCUGAAGAAACUUGCACGCCAAGUUUCGUCUGGUUUAUGGGAGUAUGAUCCUAGCACAAGAAUGUGUUUGCAGAGUUUGCGCAGUAUCAAACCACGGGAUCAUUAA